UGACACUGGCAGGCAACCACCAACUGAACUGACAAGCCUUAAUAGCUGAUGAAGCUUUUUCAUCUGUUUUUUACAAAGGGAAACGCAAUAUACACCGGAUAUGGAGUUAUCUCCCCUUAUAAAGAAAAUAGGCCACUCUUUGGUGGAGAUAAGAGUGCGAGCAUUGAAGAGCAUCAUAUGUAAGCUGGACCAUUCCCUGAUUUCCGUCUCUGACAUUGUCCAAGAAAAGAUGCUGUUUGUGUAUCUUCUGGAGUGGUUUAAUUUCCCCGAGGUGCCAAUGCAGGAGGAGGUCCUUGAGUUGCUCACAACUUUAUCAAAGCAUCCAAGUGCAGCCCAGAUGCUAAGAGACGUUGGGGCGGUGGACUUCCUCACCCAACUGUCUCCUAAUGUGGAGCCCAGACUGCGAGCUGUCAUCAGUGGAACCCUGGACCAGCUGUUCCAGCUACCUGAUCUACUCCCCAGUAAAACAGUAGUUUACUCACUUGGACCGCGUAAUACAGCUCCAACAGAGGAUUUUCCUAAAAUGGGCUAUUUCCACAAGAGUUUGCCAGCCCAUACAGAUGUACCACCUCACAAGAUAGCAGUGCAUGAGUCUGUGAGAUGUCUGAGGUUUUCCGUGUUUCCUUGGCUGACUUUGACAAACACAGACAGACACAUACUUUCAUCAAAUGAGAGUUCUCUGAGGAGCAACAACUCAAACCUGGUGCGGACCACAUGUGAUCUUCUGUGUGAUGUCAUUAUGCAAGACUUUCCUGCUGAGAUCUUCCUGCAGAGGCCAAGUAUUGCAAAGAGCCUUCUGUCCCUAUUAAGGGUGGGUUCAGGUAAAGGUGAGGCAAGCUACCUCCACUUGCAGGCUCUUUCGUGCCUGCGGCAGCUUUGUGCAGGGCUACGGAGGAGACUGCGCUUUUAUCAAGAUCCAAGCUUCUACUCUACAAAGCAAGAUCCAGUGUCCCAGAACUCCUCCUUCUCCCACUCCCAGGAUGUGCGGGGAACCCAGCGUUCCCAGGCCUCCUCCCCGGGGGGAGAGUGCUCUCCCCGGCCCUCUGUAGUGGGACGCACUGGUCAGAGAGCACGCGGCGAUGGCCAAGAUGGAGAUGCAGCUUCCGACAGUGGCAGCUCGCACAGAGGUGGAGCAGCAGUCCAAGCCCCCAGGCAGACGCCUCAGUCACCUGCAGAUGUGGCCCAUUUGGAGCUUCCUGACCUGGGAGUUGAAGAUGUCCUGGAGCUGCAGUUACAGCAGCUCACUUUGGCCCAGUUCACUGUUGCCAUCAUGGAGCAUGCUAUACCACUUCUUAAGACAGAGGGUUCGCAUGUGUUCCACCGUGUUCUGGAGCUGCUUUGCGACGCCGUCCUCCUGCUUGGGGACAGUGUUUGUGAGCUGGUCUGGGACGAUCGCAGCCUGGUGGGGAUGGAGCUGAAGGAGAAGCUGCAAGCCUUCUUGGAACUAUUGGGGGAUAUCCUGAGCUACCAUCAGAGCUACGCAGCAGACGUUACCCACAGUUCUCAGGUUCACCACAGAAUGGCCUACACAGGCACUGCCAUAUUCACCAUCAAACUCCUGCAGACUGUCCUCCCUCCUGAGAAGGCUUGUGACAAUCUCCCAGAAAGCACUGCAACAGCUAUGUUCCACCUAUGCUUGGACACUUCAUUGGGAACUUUAUUACCCAGCAUGCAAGAGACAGCAGUCGCCUACUUGGAGCAGGUGAACUCUGAUAGCCAUGACCUCUACAGGCAGGUGACCCGUGCUGCCCUCUGGAUGGAGUCCGCUUGCAGCUUUCUCAAAGAAGCACAAGCUGAGGGAGAAAAGAACUGGUUGGAGUUACUGGAGCUGGCAGACCAAGCCAUAGACGGACUCCCGUUUCACCAGCACUUACCCAUCGUCAAGGAAUGUGUUCACAUCUGCUCUUACCUGUGGAAGUUUGAUGAGCCCAGUCCGCUCCUCCAAACAGAGAGUCAGAGACUUCUCCUCAAGCUGCUGUCUCAUCCCUUACUGCCUGUCAAGACGGAAACAUACACAUGCGCUCUAAGCCUGGUCAAGGACUGCCUUGGCAUCCAGUAUGUGUCACGUCAGGAACCAGGAGCCUGUGGUGGAGUCAACUUCCUUCUCCACCACAGGGUGCUCUAUGAAAUAAGCGCUUUCGGACUCCAGGACUCUGCAGAAAAGGUGAAUGUUGCUGCCAAGGAUAUCCUGCUAUUCCUGCUCAAGGGACGAUUGAUGAUGACAGCAUCAACCUGGGACAGAUUCAAUGAGGCACUUUACCCGGUCAUGCCCAUAUUACAGGGUUACGCAGGCACCGAAGAGUCACUUGGAAACUGUGUCCUGCUGAUAAGUGACAUGUCGGACGUGGCAAGAGACAAGACGUUUCCAAGUACAGUCAAGCUAAAAGCAGCGCUCCGACUCCUUUUCACUAAACAGCCCGCUGUGAGAAUAGCAGCAGUGCAACAAAUCCUUCCACACCUAACCAGCGCUGAUGACGCUCAAACAGCCAGACCAGACAUGGAUCAGACGGUGACCUCCGCACUGCCCGAUCUCUACUGUCUCCGAAACCCAUUAGACAUCUCACUGGAUACAAGCAACAAAUCUGUCCUUAAGGUGGAGUCUGUGGAGAAACUCUUUUGUAUCCUCUCCUCAGACACUGUUGACAUCUCUCUGAGAAGAUCAGCUUCAGAACAGCUGUCUGUGGUGCUGCAAGACACAACGAUGCACCCAGUGCUGAAGAAUCUUGGAAUAACAGACAAAGUCAUUUCUUUCAUAAUGGCGAGUGUCUACGGCAACAAGAGCAUGGAUUGCCUGCUGGAGCCUUGUAUAUGUAUCCUGAGGAAGCUGGUGUAUGCUGAUCCAUCUCUGAGGCACAGCCUGGCACAACGCAACCUCCUGCUCCUCACAUUGCUCAGGGCCUCCUUGAUAUUGAAGGAGAACAAAAGCAGUGGAAAUGAGAUUGCUGUCCUGAUGAGUUUACUGCUACUUGAUGAGAUUGCUAGCAUUGAAAUAUGGUCGGACAAAUCCAGGGCAGAUGUGACUCUCGCACCGUUCUCCCUACCGCUGACAAUAAUACGCAGGUAUAACAUCCCAUUCCAGGCAGCAAGUCAUCACGCUGUCAGCCCGUACUGCUGCGUCUUGCCUUCAUCCUCUGGCCUCCUGACCCUGGCCCCUGCCCGCCAAGCUCUACAGGUAGCCUGGAACACUGCGUGGCAUUCUGGGAUUGAUAACCUCCUUGAGGAGCUGCAUGACACCUCUGCCGGGGUUCCUGAUUUUCAUCCUGACUUGAAACUGACAGAAGCACAGGUUCUGUCGCUGAAAGCGAUGCACAUUCCCGCUGCGCUGCAGGACUGCAUCCAGGCCAUCGCCACAGCGGCAGGACACAGUUCUGUGACCUCUGCCCUCUCCAGGCUCAGCCUCUACUUGCUGAUUGACAGAUUGGCCCUACCUCACAUCCCCACCCACAGCUGCAGAGGCACCCUUCACUCCCUCAGUUGGCAGGCAGCAAUCACCAGGUUUCUCCAGGUGCGUCCAGCCUGUGUCGAGGAUGAGAGGUUGCUGGUGGGCAUUGUUGCAUUUUUGAAUGCCUACUUCAGACAGAUGCACACUGAGUCUGCAUCUGGCCCAGAGGACAAGGACCUGCGCUGGAUACUGGAGCUGCUUCUCAACCAGGAGACUGUGUCCCUCCUUAAUUUGCUGCUCGUUGUGGAGACCCAGACCUCCACUCAGAGCCCAGGGGAACCUGAGGAACUGAAGAACCACAUCAGCCAGAGACUGCAGAGAGAACUCACCAGCUUCUUUAAAACCUUACUCCUCCGCCUCACACACACCGCUGACAGGCUAUGUCUGGCAUUAGCAGGUCCCUUCAAGAGCCAGCUGGCAGUCUGUUUGCUUCGCAGCCUGCGGGUGUCUGACGCCCCACGUUUCUAUGGCCUUCCCAGCCUAGAGAGGACACUGCAGGGCAUGGUCAGCCUGACUGCCCAGCCUGGCUGGAGCUCCCACUGCCCUGACCUGGAGCCGAUCUCCCUCUGCUCCAAGUAUCUCAGCGGGCUAUUAGAGGUGAUCUCCUCAUUUUAUGUUGAGUGGGGAGGCAACUCCAUGUCUUUCAUGGGCAAAGGUGUGACAAAGAAUGCUGUCAUCUGCUUGCUUCACCUGUCCCAUGAGAUGUUGGCCGAAAAAAACAAGGACAAGGACUUCAUUUCCCAGUGGUCUUUGGGAAAUGAGGCAGCUGCCGAGGAAGCUAGUGCCUCUCAUCUCGGUUUGGCUUGGCUCAUCCCACUAUGGGUGGACCGAGAUCAAGAGGUGCGUUUGCCCAGUUUGGGUUUGGGUGGAGCUCUGUCCUCGGUGCCCAGCGGGUGCCAGGCUCUGUGCGCUAGCUGUCAGAACAUCAGCGGAGGUCUGUGGGGCACAUUGCUCAACAUUCUCCUGGAUCAGCAGGAGAGCAGCAUGGUCCGCAGGGAGGCUGCAUUUAUCCUGCAGAACUUGCUGGUGAUGCCCAUGCCUGCCAACGCAGAGGAGGCCAAGGACUCCCACUGGCAGCACCCGUGUGUCCAUGAUGAGGUGUCUGGUGUCUCUUUGGUGGGUCUUCCAGCGCUGCAGGCUCUGCUCUACCACUGUCAAUACUUCCAGCAUGUGGCUCUCUCUGCCUCCAUUUGUUACAGAGGCAGGUACAUGUUCCACCUACAGCCUCGUGCUGGAGCCAGCAGUGGCACCGAUCCUCAGGAGAGUGAUUCACUGGAUUCGGAGAACUCUCUGUGGUUCUGGAGAUGCGACCCACCAGCACCCACCAUCAACUCCAGCAGACCCUCCAGCUCCCUGUCUACAUCCAGCACUGUGAUGAGAGGUUCAGGGCCACACACCCCUAAGGCUCUCUCCUCGUUGAGCAUCUCGGAAGACGCCCCUGCCAGCAGGCUGAUGGCUCAAGGCCAGAGUGACACAGACACCAGCGACUCACUUACCUCCCAAGACUCCCGACAGGGCGAGCCCUCGGCCGUGGAGCCCGUUGUCAUGGUAACUCCCGACCUUCUGACGGCCCACUGUGGCCUGCUGACUAAUCUGCUGGCCAUCCUGUCAGAUUUCACCCUCACUGCCAUCCGACACAACCGGCUCCUCCAAGCCCUGGCCAGUCUGGUGGAUGUCAGGCCCAUUGAGAAAUGUCUGACUGAACUGAAGACACUCAACGUCCUACCAGGAGAGAGAGAAAACAUCAAGAGCCAGCUUGUCACCCUACUUCAGUUCCUGUCCAGCUUCUCUAAGCUGCUGCAGUCAUGUGUCACAGUGAGCCAGGAGCUGAUUCCUAAACUGGAUUUCCUGAAACAGCUGUUGACCACGCUGGUUGCAGUGCUCAUGCUGGACAUCAAAGGAUUAGAUGCAGGUACCCGGGACACGGUUUGUGCAUGCUGGGCAGACGCGUUUAUGCUCCUGGCUACUCUGGUGAGGAGGGACAGCUCAGCAGUGUACCCAUCUGUCUCCGCUGCGCUGGGGAGACGCUGGCGGACAUUUGCAGGAACUUUAUCAGUGUGUGUGACUGAGAAGUUUGCAGACCCUCUUCUCCACACAGUGGCUCUGCAGUUUCUCUGUACAAUCUUCACAGAGGAAGCAAAGAGUCGGGGUGUAGAGGCCACAACCCCGAACUCUAAGUACGCAGCUGCUUUAUCCGACAUUGUGAAUGGUCCCUCAGCCAGCCAGCUGUGUGAACUGUUACUGCAGAGUUUUGAUAAGAGGACCCUUCAGGAUCCUUUAAAGAAGCUGACAGCCCGAGCUCUGACGACACUGCUAGCAUGCAGUCCCACAGCUCAAAACCAUGCAGCCAAAGCCGGUUUAAUUGACAGCUGUGUGGAGCAAAUGAAGCAGACUUACUCCCAGCUCCACCUGGAGUCGGUCCGACCCGGCAAGGCUUCACACCGCAAAAAGGAAGAGGGCUAUUUGAAGGAAGUCAAGCUGACUGUGGAGAUCCUACGGAGUGCUCUUUACUGCAACGAUGAAUGCAAAGUGGUGGCCGCAGAUGCUCGCCUAACACAGGCCCUCUAUGCUCUUUGGCCUUGGUUCCUUUUGGACGACCCCACCAUGGAGGCAGUGCUGGAGCUUCUGUGCGUCUAUACGGCCAACUGCGCCACAGCAUGCAGUUCUCUUUGUGGCAGCGGUCCUGGUGUUCCACCAGGAUUGAAAUGCACCUCCAGUAGCUCUCUGAUGCACGCUGUCAUGAAGCUGGCCGCAGGGGUCGCCCCAGACAACAGCCCUAUCCAGAAGCUAGCCUUCUCUCUCUUGGCUAACCUCGCCAUGUCCCGCGACUGCAGAGGGCUCCUGCAAAAGAAUAAUUUCCUGCAAGCUUUCCCGUCGGUGCCGAUGCCCAGGGCGGGUGGUGUUAAGGCCACGUCUGUGGGUGGAGGUGGCAGCCUACUGGGCCUGUGGCUGAGGCUGCUGGUCAGUCUCUCGUUCGCGGAAGACAUCCAGCAGAGCAUCCUUAGGGUGACCGGAGCCCUGGAGCUUCUGGCAGACCUGGCACCUCUCCGGCGCCAUGCGCUGCUCACCCUUCACAACCUCUGCUUCUGCCCUGCCAACAAGCCGCACAUCAUUGCCAAUGACAAAGCCAUGAAGUCAUUGUUAUGCUGUCUGGAAAGUAAAGAGUUGGAGACUCGCUGUAUGGGAGCGUCUGCACUUUGGGCAUUGCUCCAUAACAAUCAGAGGGCCAAGGCCACUUUGAAGUGUCCCUCUGUGCGAUUGAGAAUUGAGGAGGCACAAACCAUCUCUAAGAAAGAUGCAGAGAACAAGCAGGAGCCUACAAGUGCCUACCUGUUGAAGUGCCUUGAAAACCUUUCCCAGCUGUUAAGUAACUGAAUGUAUUU